AUGGAGAAGGCUUUCGCUACAGGUAACAGCUGCGCCCUGUUUCAAGUGAUUCGAUCAAUUGGUCAGAAGGCAGAUGUCAGUGAGACAAUAUGCGAAAAAGAUGAAACACCAAAUCACUCCCUCAAUCACCGUCUUGAGCGGUGGGCGGAGCACUUUAAAGAACAGUUCACAUGGUCUCCUUCAACACCCUCAUCAGAGUGGCGCAAACCGCGAGCUGGACAACAUAUAACUUGGCAGAAGGGCUUGAAAGAAAUCACGAAGGGUUUGGAUGUCAUUGGUGUUGUGCGCCUUCCAGGAUGGGAUCCCCGUGACCCCACCUGUGCUUGGCUGGAGGCGUUGCAAGAAAUGGCGGCUGAUCGAUCUAUUUUUACCUAUGCCAACUCCGCUCCGGAUCACCCUUAUCUACCAAAUUCAGAAAAACCAGUCUACGUUUUUGGUGAUAAAUUCGAUGCUAUGAAGGAUCGCGAUAGGAUUGCGGAAAGGCUUCGUUCCUUGUUUUGGAUGACAUAUAGGAAGAACUUUCCUCCCAUUGUCACACAAAGUGGACCGACUUCAGAUACUCGCUGGGGUUGUAUGCAUAGGUGUGGCCAAAUGAUGCUGGCGGAGGCCAUAACACGAAUCCAUUUAGGUAAAGAUUGGCGUUGGACGCCCGGCUGUCAAGAUGAAGCCUACUGCCGUCUUCGGCGAAUGUUUCAAGAUCACAAGAGUUCUCUCUACUCUAUUCAGAAUAUCACCAUGCUUGGAAUGGCUUUGGAUAAACCGAUCGGAAGUUGGUUCGGUCCAAACACUGUGGCUCAAGUGAUAAAAAAACUUUGUGCCUACGACCCAUGCACAAAUUGGUAUGUACAUAUCUCAGUGGAAGAUGGAGUCAUUGUAGAUGAGAUCAAAGCUCGAUGCCAAAACCCUAAGGCGUUUAUCCUACAUCCUUCGUCGGAUUCCGCACACGGCCUACCUACUCCUGGAACCCCUCCGGCUGAAGGUGGUGUCGGUAGCGACUGGGAUUUGGAAGCGGUAAAGGCUCGGUUUGCCGAAGACCCUGAGCUACUCGACCCUCCUCCUCACGUAAAUAGUCCAGUCACUCGAAUAUUGGAUGAAGAUUUCUUGGAGAUUGUUCUCCCUCCCACCUACGAUUCUGAACAUGAUUCUGAUCAUCCACCGAUCACUCCUCCCGCUGUUCCUGCCGUCCGAUCUUCACUAGAACGGUCACCCCCACCAGAAAGCGAUCGUCUUCAGGCCACUGAGACUGAGGCCGCCCCGUCGCCAGCCACCUGGCGUCCCUUACUCUUAUUUAUCCCGCUCCGAUUGGGUCUGCAUCAACCCAAUCCUUGUUAUUUCAAUGCAAUCAAGGCUAUACUCCAAAUUCCACACUCAAUAGGAAUUAUGGGAGGUCGACCGAGUCAUGCAGUCUGGAUAGUAGGUACAGCUGGCGAUGAGGAUCUACUGUGCCUCGAUCCUCACACAACUCAACCGGCCAGUCAGGAUGACCUCACUGCCGAAGAUGAUGUCACUCACCACUGUGACUGUCCUGUCCGUCUUCCUCUGGAGCGACUUGAUCCAAGCAUGGUCAUUGGUUUUGUGUGCACGACCGAAGACGAAUUCGAUCAGCUGUGUGCACAUUUGGAACGGGAUGUACUUAGUGUGGAAACAACUCGUGGACAUCCACUGUUUGAAGUACACAAGUCUAGGCCUUCCAAUUUGCCUCCGUUACCUAUGUUAUUGUUCAACUCACGAUCCGAAAGAGCAUCUGACACGUCGGUCAAAGAAGAGACUGAUGAGGGUGAUGCGAGCAAUCCUCCGUCGCCCACACAGUCAGAUCCCAGCAAGAUUGGCGGGGCCAUGAAUGCAGUACGGGUCCUGUGGUCCAAAUGUAAUCAAGUAGCGGAAGAAACGGUUCGUUCUUUGACCAACCUUGGUGGCCCAUUGGCGAAUUCUGCUCAGAAAGAUGUCGCCUGUAUCCUUCAUAUGGACAAGGCUCUUGACGAUAGCAGUUUGGAGUCAAGGGCUUUGAAGGCCUCCCGGCGUUUACCUUGUGGUUUCGUCGAUGACAAAAUCAGAAAUGACGAUAGGGAAUACCCAUUCCAUGCACCACGUUUU